UCCAUGGCUUCCAGGACAGGCUCUGAGGUCCCACUGAAGUCUAGGCUCUGUGUUAGAGCUGAAAACCAUACUGGUCACUCAUGUUUGGUUCUGGUGCUCUUUGUCAUUGUGCUAGUGACUUGUCCUGAAGCUGCUAAGCUCACCGUGGGAUUCCAUGCCCCCUGGAACAUCUCUCAUCCAUUCAGUGUGCAAAGACUCGGGGCAGGCCUCCAGAUUGCUGUGGACAAGCUCAACUCAGAGCCAGUGGGCCUCGGGAACUUGAGCUGGGAGUUCACUUACACCAACUCAGCAUGCAGUGCCACGGAGUCCCUUGCAGUUUUCAUCAACCAGGUCCAGAGAGAACACAUUCCUGCUCUGUUUGGACCAGCAUGCCCAGAAGCAGCAGAGGUUAUUGGUUUGCUGGCCUCUGAGUGGAACAUCCCCAUGUUCGACUUUGUUGGACAAAGGGCAGCACUGGAGGACCACUUCUGGUGUGAUACCUGCGUGACCCUCGUGCCACCCAAGCGGGAAAUUGGGGCUGUGCUCCGGGAAAGCCUACGGUACUUGGGCUGGGAAGACAUCGGGCUGCUUGGAGGGUCCUCCGGGGCUUCCUCCAGGGAAGGAGUGGAUGAGCUGUGGAGGGCCGCUGAGGAUGGACUCCAGUUGCAUUUCACCAUCACCGCCAGCGUGAAGUACAGCAACAGCAGCCCAGACUCUCUGCAGGAAAACCUCAGAAGCAUGUCAUCUGUUGCCAGGGUUAUAAUCCUAAUCUGCAGCUCAGAGGAUGCAAAAGGCAUUCUACAAGCUGCAGAGAACCUGGAACUCAACACUGGAGAAUUCGUUUUCAUCCUUUUGCAGCAGCUGGAGGACAGUUUUUGGAAAGAAGUACUGACAAAUGGCACGGUGACAGGCUUCCCCAAAGUCUAUGAGUCAGUGUUUCUCAUCGCCCCCAGCUCCUAUGGAGAAGGCCCUGGCGAUGAUGACUUCCGGAAGCAAGUCUACCAAAGGCUGAGGAGGCCACCCUUCCAAAGCUCCAUUGCCUCUGAGGAGCAGGUGAGCCCUUUCUCUGCCUACCUCCAUGAUGCCCUCUUACUCUAUGCUCAGACUGUGGAGGAGAUGAUCAAGGCUGAGAAAGACUUCUGGGAUGGGCGGCAGCUGAUUAGCACCCUAAGGGCUGGCCAGAUCACACUGCAGGGAAUCACCGGCCCUGUGCUUUUGGACUCCCAGGGGAAAAGGCACCUGGAUUACUCAGUCUAUGCUCUACAGAAAUCUGGAAACAGAUCUGUUUUUCUUCCUUUUCUUCUUUAUGACAGUUUUCAGAAAGUGAUCAGACCCUGGAGGAAUGUCUCUAACAUCUCUUGGCUCCGCGGCUCCCUUCCUGAAGACAGACCCAUCUGUGGAGUUCAUAACAAGCUUUGCAAAGCUGAGCCUUCUCCUAUAGCAGGUAUGACCACACCUGUUGAGAUGCUCACAGCCACACUUCUGGCUCUUGCCGCAGCAGCUGCCAUUGUAGGUCUGGUGUUACGGAUGCCCAGAGGAAAAGUGCAGCGCCAUCGUGGAAACACCUUGUGGCAGAUCCAUUAUGACAGCAUCACUGUUCUGCCCCAAGACAAGCUGUCCCAACGAGGCACGCCUGUGUCAAGAUACAACGUUAGUAAUGCGUCUACUGUGAAUAUUUCUGCAGAUUGUAGCUCCUUUGCCAAGAGCCAACGGGGUGAAGAGAUGUUUUAUGCCCCCGUGGGGCUUUACCAGGGAAAUCGCGUGGCCCUCUGCCAUAUUGAUGACGGAGCAGAAGCAUGGCUUAAGGAGCCAACUGUGCUGCAGGAAGUCUGGCUGAUGUGUGAAUUAAAGCACGAAAACAUCGUCCCCUUCUUUGGCGUUUGCACAGAACCACCUAACAUCUGCAUUGUCACCCAGUAUUGCAAAAAAGGAAGUCUCAAGGAUGUUUUGAGAAACUCCGAUUAUGAGAUGGACUGGAUAUUCAAGCUCUCAUUUGCAUAUGACAUAGUCAAUGGCAUGCUCUUCCUCCACGGGAGCCCACUGAGGUCCCACGGCAACUUGAAACCUUCCAACUGCCUGGUAGACGGUCGCAUGCAAGUGAAGCUGUCGGGAUUCGGGUUGUGCGAGUUCAAGUAUGGCUGCACACACAGGAUCUACAACCAGAAGACCACCGACCAUUCAGAACUCUACUGGACAGCCCCAGAGCUGUUGAGGCUCCAGGAGCUGCCCUGGUCUGGCACCCCACAAGGAGACGUUUACAGUUUUGCGAUUCUCAUGAGGGACUUGAUCCACCAGCAAGCCCAUGGGCCCUUUGAUGACCUUGAGGAGGCUCCUGAAGAAAUCAUCAGCCGCAUCAAAGACCCCAGGGCACCAGUUCCACUUCGACCAUCCCUGUUGGGGGAUAAAGGUGAUGAAAAGAUCGUCGCCCUGGUGAGGGCCUGCUGGGAUGAGUCUCCAGAGCAAAGGCCCACCUUCCCUUCCAUCAAGAAGGUGUUACAAGAAGCCAGUCCCAGAGGCCGUGUGAGCAUCUUGGAUAGCAUGAUGGGCAAGCUGGAAAUGUAUGCCAAUCAUCUGGAGGAAGUGGUGGAAGAGCGGACCUGCCAGCUGGUGACAGAGAAGAGGAAGGUUGAGAAACUCCUGUCCACCAUGUUGCCAAGCUUCGUUGGCGAGCAGCUCAUGGCUGGAAAGUCUGUGGAACCAGAACAUUUUGAGUCUGUCACCAUAUUUUUCUCUGACAUUGUGGGAUUCACAAAACUGUGCUCUCUCAGCUCCCCCUUGCAAGUGGUGAAACUCCUCAAUGACCUGUACAGUUUGUUCGAUCACACAAUACAAACCCAUGAUGUGUACAAGGUUGAAACCAUCGGAGAUGCGUACAUGGUGGCCAGCGGGCUUCCCAUCCGCAAUGGAGCUCAACAUGCAGCCGAGAUUGCCACCAUGUCCUUGCAUUUACUCAGUGCCACCACCCACUUUCAGAUUGGGCACAUGCCCGAGGAGAGACUCAAGCUCCGGAUAGGCCUCCACACAGGUCCUGUGGUAGCCGGUGUGGUGGGAAUCACCAUGCCCAGAUACUGUCUGUUUGGAGACACUGUGAACAUGGCAUCCAGAAUGGAAAGCAGCAGUUUACCUCUCCGGAUCCAUGUUUCUCAGAGCACUGCAGGAGCUCUUCUAGCAGCUGGAGGGUACCAUCUGCAAAAGCGAGGCACCAUUGCAGUCAAGGGCAAGGGGGAACAGACGACCUUCUGGUUGAAAGGCAAAGAUGGCUUCACUGCCCCGCUCCCCGAGUUUACUGAGGAGGAAGAAGCUAAAGGUCCAGAGAUCUUGUGA